UGUGCACUGUGGUCUUUGGGGGAGAACCAGCAAAACAACUGGCCGUGUGUGCACGCCUAUAAAUACGAUAAGAGGGUGCACACUGCAGGCUGUGCAUGCAUUACGUAUUGUUCUCUGCACGGGAGUGUCCGAGUAGAUUCUCAUCGCGCUCAUUCAUCGUCACACCACAACAAGGAGCCGAGCGGCGGAACGGAGCAAUGCGGAGGGCAUAUGGAGCGUGACUCCACAGAUGGACCCCCUGUGUAAUGGAGCCAAGAAACCAGAGGGCGAUCCCAUUGCAGACCCUAGGCCCCCUCCUGCCAAGAUGGCCCGUCUGGAGCAACCUGGAGCUGGAUGCUCAGUGCAGGAGAGGAACAAGCAAGGGAGUCCUGGGACUAAAAACCCGUAUCUGGUCCAGAAAGCUACCACAGGAAGGCAUCAGCACAAGAGCUCUCAUCAGCCAAGAGGAAGCUCCCUGCCUGUCUUCUGUGUGGUGGAGCACAUGGAAAGUCCAGUGGAGGGAGAGAGGAAAGAAGACCAUGCUGAAUUUGUUCUGAUCAAGCGAGAUCUGCUCUUCAACCAGCUGAUCGAGAUGGCCCUGCUGACAUUGGGCUACUCACACUGCUCUGCUGCUCAGGCCAGAGGUUUGAUCCAGGUGGGAAGGUGGAACCCGCUGCCUCUUUCUAGUGUGACGGAUGCUCCGGAUGCCACGGUGGCGGAGAUGCUGCAGGAUGUCCACCAUGUUAUCACGCUUAAAAUACAGCUGCAAAGCUGCCCGAAACUGGAGGACUUGCCAGCAGAGCAGUGGACGCACUCGACUGUUCGGAACUCGUUGAAGGAACUUCUCAAGGACAUGAACCAGAGUUCAUUGGCCAAGGAGUGUCCUCUGUCUCAGAGCAUGAUAUCAUCUAUAGUCAAUUGCACCUACUAUGCCAACGUCUCAACCGCCAAAUGUCAGGAGUUUGGACGAUGGUACAAAAACUUCAAGACAUCCAAAUGCAACAAGAUUGACAGCUUCCCAGACCAGUCAUCGCAUAUUUCCAACACUCAGCAGCCCAUCACCAGCAGUGCAUCUGAUCAAAGCUCCAGCCUUGUUUACCUCCAUGGAGGGAUGGCCAACAUGGUGACUGGAGCCUCCCCUCACAGUAUUGGCAACUCUGGGUUGCUAACGCAGACUCUCAACAGAUCUCAGCAACAAGUCAUGACUCAAAUUCUAAACCAGCAGUACGCUGUGCGCCUCAUGCUAGCAGGACAGGGGCUUUCACCAGCAUCUCAACAGUAUCUCAACCACCCCUCUGUAGGGAGGUCUCCUGCCAAGGUCUUUGCCCAAGCACCUGAUCCCCAAGCCCCUCAGCAGGCCCAAUGCGGCACAGAUGGAUCUCCUACCGCCGGGCUGCAACACCAGACGGCGGCUGCGUCGUGUCUGGGGUUGGUCGAUGUGCCGAACGACAUCUACCACUGUGUGCGUGAGGAAAUGAAGAGAGCUGGAAUUUCUCAAGCCAUCUUUGCUCGAGUGGCUUUUAACAGGACCCAGGGCCUACUCUCUGAGAUUCUACGAAAGGAGGAGGACCCUAAAAAUGCCUCCCAGUCUCUCCUGGUCAACCUGCGGGCCAUGCACGGCUUCCUGCAGCUGCCCGAGGCAGAAAGAGAACGCUUCUACCAGGAGGAGAAAGAGCGAAGCCUGACUGGAUUUACACCGAGCUGCAACAACACUCCACCAAGAUGCACUCAGGCCAGACUGUCACCAGUUACAACAGACAGAAGUGUGAGGACAGAUAGUUGCAUUCUCAAUGUCAGCUCCUCUAUCUAUGAAGAGAUUCAGCAUGAAAUGAGGCGAGCCAAGGUUUCUCAGGCUUUGUUCGCAAAAGUGGCUGCAUCCAAGAGUCAGGGUUGGCUGUGUGAGCUGCUUCGUUGGAAGGAAGAUCCCAGUCCAGAGAACCGAACCCUGUGGGAUAACUUGUGCAUGAUCCGCCGUUUCUUAAGCCUGCCGCAGACUGAACGAGAUGCAAUUUACGAGCAGGAGAGCAUAAACACCCCUGCACAGAACUGCACUGAGAGACGUACACUAUUCGGCAAUGAAAAUGUACCGUAUCAACGUAACGCUCUGCUGUCUCAGCAACACCAUCUACAACCCCACCAACCUUUGCAUCCAGAAGCAGGACCUCAUUCGUCUCCACGGCAACCAUGCACCGCAUCACCCGCUGAGCUGGAGACCGGGAGCAACUGGGGGCUUUUGAGAGUCAGUGUGCAGGGCCAGAGCAGUAGCAAUGGUGAGGACUCGGUUGAGGGAGGAGGUGAAGGAGACAAUGGAAGUUAUGGUGUGGACUGGAGUUAUCCUAUGAAAGUGAAUAAUGUUGAAAGCAAUGAGCACGUGACUGAAGUAGAUGAAGGCGGAGAAAGCGUAAAGGAUGCAACAGUCAAGGAAAAGCUUCAAGUGGAGUGGCCCAGUUUGAAGGAUGAAGACGGUGAUGGGUUUGGGAUUUGUGCACAGGCAGAUAACGAAGGUGAAGUCCAACAUACGGGAUUACGAGUGUCUCAUGAAGCCUUGGGCAUUUUGCAGAGCUUCAUCCAGGAUGUGGGCCUCAACCCAGACGAGGAGGCGGUCCACACCCUGUCAGCUCAGCUGGACCUGCCCAAACACAUCAUCCGUAGCUUCUUCAACAGCCAAGACCUCAUAUCCGGUCGACCCCACGAGCAGCAUCAGUGCUGCAGUCAGAUCCUAAAACACAAACAAGAGAGCCAGCGUCACUGUGCAGACGGGACCACGUCAGUCAAAAGAACUGAGCAACACGAGGAGGUAAAAAGGGAAACAGAAGAAAUGAAUGAGCGGAAAAGACUAAUGGAGAGAAAUGACACAAUGAACAUUAUUACUUUGAAAGGGUUGGAUAUUAGCACUCAAACCAUUUCCACAAUGAAGGAAGAAGAUGACAACUACAAUAUAUCAAACCAUAAUAUUAAGCCAUAAGAUGCUUCUUUUCUCUAAUGCAUCACCUUUGUAUGAAUCCUUCAAGAUCAAUUUCAUUUUGUUUACUUUUUCUCCUAUUCCUCUUGUGGCGUAUUACACUUACAAAACUGUUGAUGUAAUUUCAGUCGCAUUUUGAAUCGAAAAAACUUUGUAUGUGCAGUUAUUAUGACCCACGGUGUAGCUACUUCCUCCAUGAAUGGGACCAAUAAAAGAACUAUUGUAGCCGUCAUUUAGCUUUUCAAAAAUGUUCAUACCAGAAUAGUGUGUCCCUCUGUUAUCAUGUAAUCCAUAUCUCUACUGCAUUUGUUAAAAUUAUACGUAAAACGUGUUGUCCCCUUUUUUUCAAUAGUCUUUUUCUGUAUGUUUGCCUUUGUUUUAGGUUGAAGUUCUUCGUGUUGUUUUUUGUAAAACAUAAUAAUAUAUAGUAAUAUCAUAUAACCCCAACACUGAUAGGUGGAUCAGUGAGGUUUUUGCAUUUGCAGCUUAAGCGAUGACUCUUGCAACCUGUACUGCCGUGCUUAAUAAAUAACUUGAAUAACUCAAUAAUAAUAAUAUAACUACUGAUCCGAGCAAGAAUGAUGUUUUGUUAAUAAUCACAGAAUCUAUCAGAGAUAAAAAUUUAUUCGUGAGUACAUUCAGUCCAUAUUCAGUAAAUAUUUUGUUGCAUGGUUCAUCCUCUCUGUCUUGUCAUGUAUUCUUCUGAGAGUUUGCCUGUGUGCCCCUGACAAGCAGAUUAUUGCUCGCAUAUCGACUGAAAGAGUUGACCUCCAACAUUGAAGCCCCAUUUGAUUGGUGUAGAAUUACAGAGCAGAUAUUUCCAUGGUGAUACUUUCAUCAUGAAAGCAACAUCAUCAAUAAUAUUAGCAACAACAACGAUGAUGGCACUCGUGAAAUGCAGUGUUGGCAAAGGUGAUGAUCAUAACGCGCCCCCUUUGCCCUCAACAUUAUCUUUAUUGAGUGUUUGUUAAAAGCACCUUGACAAGAAAGUGUUUCUCAAAGCUCGUCUCGCUGCAGAAAUCGCGAUAAUUAGGGUCUUCAUAAAACUGUCCUGAUGAAUCCUCACGUAGUAAAGUAGAAGCCCUUAUGUCAUGUGCACGUCUUUGGCAUUUUGCGCAAUGUGACACAGGUAAAUAAGCAACACUAUUGACAAACACACAGGCAUAUUGUGUUUAAUCUACCGUGAGCUCUAUUGUACCUUUUUUUUAUUUUUUUUUUUUUUUUAAUUAACACAACGCUGAAAGUCAAGAUUUGAGUACCAUAAAGUGCAGCGUCCAAAAGGUCUCUUUACAAAAGCUAAAACUAUUACAAAAAG